AUGGAUUAUGAAAGUGAUAUGGAGAACCAAAUACCAGAGGUGGUUAUGCUUUCAGAUUCAGAGGAUGAUAUUGGUGAUAGUGAUAGAAAUGGGAAAGGAAAGCAAGAUGAUGUGAGGGAAAAUACAGCUGAGGAGAGCCAAGACAAAGUUCAGCGUGACAGAAAAGGGAAAGGAAAGCAAACUGAUGAAGAUUUCAUAUUGGAGGAGGAAGAGUUUGAGCAAGAUGUUGAAGCUGAGAUAGAGAUGGGUAUACAGUCUGACCUUAGGAGGUGGUGGCGAUCAGUUUUAGAUUUUUGUACUCAAAAUGUUGAUGAUGGAGACUCAGAUGGUAUAUGUUCUGAGGAGGAGUUACACGAAUUGAAGUCAGAUGAUGAGUUUGAUGCUGGUAAAAAUUCCAAAGAAUUCAACCCGAAAACCAAAAUGCAAAACUUCCAAUUUGUUCUUGGCAUGAAAUUUUCCAUUGUUACAAUUUUGAGGAAUGCAAUAAGGGAGUACUUUAUUGAAGGUGAUCGAGAAUAUGUAUUUAUUGCCAAUGAUUCAAAUAGAGUUAGAGUUAAGUGCAAGGGUGCAAACUGUGAAUGGAUGUUGUUUGCUUCAAUAGUUAACAAGACAGAUGGCAAGACAAUGAGGGUCAAAACACUUGUUGACAAGCAUAGUUGUGGCAUUGUUUUGGACAAUAAAAAGCUGACCUCAACUUGGCUUGCAAAGCACUUUUUGGAGCAAUUUAGGCUAAAUCCGAGUAUGGAAUACAAUGCAUUUAGGGAGAUAACUGCAAAGACUAAGUACUUAUGUGUGUCUAGCUGGACAUUGUACAGAGCCAAAACAAAAGCAAGGAAGAUGUUGGAAGGGUCUGUCAAGGAAAAAUACGCCAUUCUUGAUGAUUACUGUAAAAGGUUGUUGGCUACCAAUCCUGGAUCUACUGUGAAGUUGAAAACUGAUUUGGUUAAUGGGAGAAGGACAUUUCAGCGUAUUUAUAUUUGUCUUAAGGCAUGUAGAGAUGGCUGGUUGGGGGGUUGUAGACCUCUAAUUGGUCUUGAUGGCUACUUUUUAAAAGGAUAUUGUAGGGGCACUUUAUUGGCUGCAGUAGGCAUUGACGGUAAUAACUCCAUGUUUCCCAUUGCCUACUGUGUUGCUGAAAAGGAAAACACUGAGGUUUGGACUUGGUUCUUGGAGCUAUUGAAGGAUGAUCUUGGGAAUUUGAGUCCUACCAAGGUGACAAUGAUGAGUGAUCGUCAAAAAGGAUUAGAAAAUGCAGUGGGAGCCAUCUUUAGUGGGUGUGAGGUGAGGUAUUGUGUUAGACAUCUUCAUGCUAACUUUAAAAAGGAAUAUCCUGGACUUUUACUUAAGCAACUUUUGUGGGUAGUAGCUAAUACUACAACACAAGCUGAGUUUGCUCGAGCAAUGCAAGAAGUCAAGGAUGUCUCGGAUGGUGCUUACAAUUGGCUGGCCGGGAAGAACCCCACAGAAUGGAGUAAGUCACAUAUUUUAGAGUACCCAAAAUGUGACAUUUUGGUGAAUAAUUUGUGUGGGAGUUUCAAUGCAGCCAUACUUGAUGCUCGCGACAAGCCAAUUAUAACUUUACUUGAGAAAAUUAGAUUUUGGUUGAUGUCUCGGUCUGACAAGUUUCAGUUUCAGGUUCAACGCAGCAAUGGUAGUUCCUUGGUUGUCGAUUUGGAAUUCAUAAAUUGUACAUGUAGGAGGUUUCAACUAUCUGGGCUUCCUUGUGGCCAUGCACUAGCUACUAUUCGGUUCUUAGGAGGUAAUGUCUUUGAUUAUGUCCACGGAUUCUAUAAAAAAGAAUCAUUGCAAAAAGCAUAUGAGCAGAGUGUGCAUCCUAUGCCUAGUCCAGAUAUGUGGCCUCAGACAGGACUCAACCCAAUUGAUCCACCACCUGAGACGAAGCUGCCUGGAAGACCUAAGAAAGCUAGGAGAAGGGAGACAGAUGAACCUCCACUUGCUUUAAAGAAAGCUCGAAGAACUGGACAAGUUAAAACAUGCAGCAAUUGUCUUAAAACAGGCCACAAGAGAGAAACAUGCAAAUCUGCUAAGGUGGUUGGGCGAGAUCGUCCACCACUGCAGAAACCAACUGAAGCCACACUUUUAAGGAAGGAAAGAAGACUGAAACAACAUGCUAAAGGAGGAACUACUGGUGCAAAGAAUGCUCAACCCGAUACUGUCUGA